UCCAGCUCACACGAAGACGCACCCUUCUCCCCUCUCCAACCCUUCGCCUCCGCGUCGAGCCGUUGACCAGCGACUCCGGCGAGCAACCUCCUCCUCCGCCGCCGCCGCCGUUAGCUCCGCCAUGUCAAGCGGCGGCAACCAGGAGAGGACCUGCUGCGGCAGCCUGUUCACCUUCAUCGUCACCGGCGGCUUCGUGGUGCUCAUCUACUGGGCCAUCUUCCAGCCCCACCACAUCCGCGCCACCGUCGCCUCCGCCGACCUCACCAACCUCACCGUCGCCGGCGCCGCCGUCUCCUACAAGCUCGCCGUCAGGCUCAACCUCUACAACCCCAGCCUCCGCGUCAACAUCUACUACGACGAGCUCGACUCCGAGCUCCGCUUCCGCGGCGAGCGCCUCGGCCACGCCACCGGCGCCACCCCGGCCGAGUUCUACCAGCGGCGGAAGAGCUCCGACGACGUGACGUUUGAGUUCGCCGGGACAGGCGUCGCCGUCGCCGGCGACGCCGCCGGCGAGCUGGGGAAGGAGAAGGGGAAGGGCAGCGUGAGCCUGGAGGUGGCCGUCGACGGCAAGGUGAGGUACAGGUUCGGCAGCAUCAAGAUCCGGCAGAAGCCGAGGAUAUGGUGCUCGCUCACCAUCCCCGUCACGGCCGACGGCGGCGGCCGCCUCGACUCCGGCGACCGGUGUAGCGUCAAGUACUAGAGGAGCUAGCUAGCUAGUGGGCAAUGAUUUGAGUGUAUUAAAUUGUUUUUCUUUCUUUCAGAUUUGUGAGCCACUUGUUGAUUUGUUUCUGUGAAAAUACAUUCAUAUUUUUGUAUUUUUUUUGGGUGUAGGGUGUCAGUGAUAAUCGUUUGUUCCAACUGUAUUAUGUGAUACUACUAUCCUUGAAUUUCAAUCUACAAUUUUUUGAACGAAUUUCA